AGAAGGGCUGAAAUGAUGGAAACGAGAUUCCAACUUAUUGCAUCUAUUGAUGAAAGGCACCAGGGCGAAAAAUGUGCAGUCAAAACAUUUUUAAUGGCAAUUAAACGAGAGUAUUCGGAGGUUAAUAGCGGCGAUUACACAUUUGGACCAAGGCUAGCUUUCAAGCGCUGAGGCUACGAUGGUGUUUGGACGUUACCAGGAACUUAUAGCUAUCGUGUAAACGGAGCUCACACCAAUAAUUAUGUAUCUAAUUUAGUUUAAUGUCAUUUUUCGUUACGGCAGCUAAAAAUUACAUUCCAGCGUUCGUCUUUUCACCAGAGGACAGAUGGAUACGAUUUACAGUGGCCGAGGUGUCUUCUACCAGGCAAUGCCUGCGAUUGGAGCUGAUGGAAAGAACAUCAUGAAACUGAUUCCUGUCCAAAUGGUGAACAGACAGUUUUUCCAACCACAGACAAGUAAGACUAAAAGGGACCCAAUUUCCCAGGAGGCUGUUACCAUAAAUAUCAACUCAGCACCUGUGAACAUGGUCACAGAUACAGCUUUGAGUUCUUCUGUCUCUCAGCAAAUAAUCAGGAAGCAGGCUUCAGUUAUGAAUGUCUUGUCCAACCGUGUACAUUCAGUCAACAACCAUUCGCUGCAGCAGCAGACUGUUAAUUUAACGGCUGAAGUUCCGUCAGUGGCAACUUUUAAAGAAAAAUCUGGAAUGCCAGUAAAACUUUUUAAUCUGCUCCCAGUUACUGUGAAAUCUCCAGCACUCCCGAGAGGACAGUAUCUUCAGAUUCCCCCCAAUGCACAAGUCCAGACCGUUCCAGCAUGCAGACUCCCUGCAGCUAUCCAGAAACAGAUUUUUACUUCUUCUGCCAGCUCCUCCUCGGGGUCAGCAUUACCCAGUGUAGUGUAUGUUACUCCUGUAACCACUAUAAAUCAAGGUGGGACUCUGCCAACGGACACCGCUCCACACUCAGUCCGAAUGUUUUCCAAUGCAUCAACACUGACUUCUUAUGGAUUCCACCCAAAGCAAAGAACACAACAGUUAAAACUGAUUCCAAAGGUUUCACAAAGGCCCGACAGCCCCACACGCUGGGUGAUAGAAGAAGUGGAUUGUUCAUCAGGUCCAAAUAUAAAACCUCUUAACUGUCCGUCUGUAACUUCAGAGAUUCUUCAAGCAAUCGCACAGAGAGAAAAUUCUUCCACACAGCUCAGCACCUUCAGAAAAACUGCCUCUCAGCUGAGUCAGGACAAUGGUGCACAAGGGCAAGAAAAUGCUUUGGUCAUGUGCAAUGGCAAGGUGUUCUUUGUAGCUAAACAGUGCGCCCCGCUAUCUAAGACCACAACAACAACUAAAGGGUCUGAACUCAGCAAAAGCAUUCUUCCACCAUCUUCUUCUUUACAACAGUUUCUUCAGUCAGCUGUAACAAGUCAAGAUGUUAGAACGCAAAGGGAGUCAGAUGAGGUGAUUGAUCUAUGUGACGAUGAUGAGUCACCUCAACAAGCAGUUAACAUGCCUGCGGUCUCUCAUCUGGAUGAAGACAAUGUCAUAUUUGUAUCAUAUAUUCCACCCAAGUCAGAGUCCUGCUCACCACACUGCACAACCUCAAACAUGGCUUUGAGAGGAGCAAAAGCCGGCCAGGACACGUCAGAUAUAAAUGAAACGUGUGUUUGUGGCUCAGACGUGCUUCACAGCACCUCUGCCCAGCAGCUGCAAGACGUAGAGGUUGAUGCAAAAACAGAAAGUCCAACAGAGGCCAGCAGCAGCUUUGAAACAGAGAGCAACAGUCAGAUAACUGAGGGCUCUACAAAUCCUGAGUCAGUGGCACCAAAGCCUCGCAAAGUGUCUGACCACCUGCUGAGGCAGAUAUUCGGGAUAACAGCUGAACUUAAACUUUGCCUUCAGAGGGUUGAUGAACCAUCAGUUGAGUCUGUCCCUGCAAAUUCGCUGCACAUAGACUCCAUUAAGUCAGUGGAGGAUAAUGAGGAAUCAGUGGUAGAUGUUUUUCGAUAUGAAGGUAGCGGUUCACAAGAAACCAAUAUGAACAGUGGUCAUACUGAUAUCCCGAGAGUAAAAGUACAAACUGGAAAGGAAUUACCACCAUCACCUGACACAGGUGUUGGAGCUCUCAGAUGUUCACAUGUCAAACUGGACCAGAAACCUCCUCCUUUUGCUUGGAAACAGAAGUUCUUUUUAGGUCAAAGUUCACACAACAGAGCAUCAUGUGACUGUAAAAGUAAGCAAGAGACAGAUUGUUUGGAACCAGUUGGUGAGGAUGUCCCUACCACAAAUGAAGGCAGUAUCUCACAAUCACAGUAUGCAGAUGCCCAUCUUCAGACUCAGACUUGGUUGGAUCUCAGCAGAAACACAAGGAGAAUAGGACGGACCAGGAAACGCACUGUGUGUCCAUGUUGCAUGCCCACUACUCUGGAUCCUGCAGUCAAGUCCAGGGCAAGGCUAGAGGAGCUAGACAAGUGGGACUUUACAGCAGAGCAGGUGAGUAAAAAAGGGGGAAGAGCAAAGGUUCCUCGAAAAGAUGGAAUGAUGAGCUGUGGAAAAGUCAUAAACAAGCAGAACUGUGUCGCCCAUGAGGGCUAUAGUAACAUUUUGUCAACAACGUCCACGGACUGUGAUGAACUAAAAAGACAGGAACGGAUCAAAAGACUCAAAGAUUACCUGACAGAGAAAGAGGCAGUGUUGCAACUAAUGAAGAGAAAAGUGAGAUGAUUGAAAAUGUCCAGUACUUUUAGCACCCACGUGUCCUUAUAAAGUUCAUCGAUUAAUGGACUCAAAAAUGGCACCUCCUCAUGCACAUUCACUUUCUGAGACUCAAAGUGAGUUUAUGUUCCAUGGAGCCCACCACACAUAUACAUCAAUUUCCACUGAUAUCACACCGGUUUGGGUGGCCAGAAAUGCAGGACAUUACAAAAAAGAUACUUGGUUCCUCGGUUCUCAGGAGGUGUUGCAGAGUUAAUGGAAUUAAGUCUUAAUUGAAAGUUGUUUGUUCGCUUUGUUUGUUUUGAUUGUCUGUUUUCCAAUUUAAAAAUGAAAAUAAAGCUUAUAAAAAAAAAAAAAAACAGAAAGAAAGUUGCUUAACUGGCAGGUGCUAGGGCCACUAAGGUGGAAGUCUUCCAUCUUGGUGGCCUAAGGAUCUCCUCUUUGCUUUCUGUUGACUCCAUCCUCCUGCUCCCACUGGAGAGAUUCACAGACAAAAUUGAAGCCGUAUUAAGAAGAACUAGUAUUUCCAAAUCUGAAGAUAUGGUGUUCUGCUGGAUGAGUUGUUACUCUAAGUCACAGGAGUCGAACUCCAGGCCUUGAGGGCCGGCGUCCUGCAGGUUUUAGAUGUGUCCUUGAUCCAACACAGCUGAUUUAAAUGGCUAAAUGAUCUCCUCAACAUGUCUUGAAGUUCUCCAGAAGCCUGGUAAUGAACUAAUCAUUUGAUUCAGGUGUGUUGACCCAGGGUGUUAUCUAAAACCUCCAGGACACCGGCCCUGGAGGCCUGGAGUUCUACACCCCUGCCCUAAGUGGUAUCAAGUAUCUCAGGGAAAUUUUUCCCUGAGAGAGGGGAGCAGAAGACUGAUAGACAAACUAGGACAGGAUCUGCAGUGAUGUGGACACUGUACCAGUUUGUUUAUCAGUUGAUCCGUGUCUGUACCCUCACCCAUGGUCACAAGCUAUGGAUAGAGAGCAAAAGAAACAGACACCAGGAUAAGAGAGAGACACCAGAUGUCAGAGUCGAAGCCAGCUGCUUCACUCUUGUCAUGUGGUCACCUACACGGUGAAUGGUAAAUGAACUGGUUCUUAUAUAGCAUACUCAAACAACUUGUCUUAUUCACCCAUUCAUUCCUCUGCUUACCCACUGAGCUAAAGUGGCACCCAGUUUAUGUCUUUUCCAACACACUUACAGCUUACAUGUUUCUUACUGGUCAGUUUUCUUGUUUUUUUUUCUGACAACCAUUAAACUGAAAACAAACUCUGUUUCCAAAAACUGUUAUGGAAGUUCAAAACAGGUCAUAAACUAUAACUUUUUAUUAAUAAUAUUAUUUUAAAGUUUACAUCAAAUGCUAAAACUGAGAAAUUAUGUUUAUUUUUUAAAAAGGUAACCAAAGAGAUAACUGAUCUAGUUCUUAUAAUUCUUUUUCUUCUUUGUUUUUAAUGGCUGCUUUAUUCUUUAUUUACAGAGCUCCAUGACGAUUGUUAGUACGCACAGAUAAAAAGCUAGCAACCUAUAAUGGUGUAGUAAUUUACAUAUCUCAUUAAUGCAUUAAUGAGUCUAUGUUAUUCAUUAUUGAUGAAUGAUGUGCAGAAAGGUUUCAUGUAAUGGUUUCCAGACUUAUCGCAGAUUGAAUCAGCAGUUUUACUAAAUUCCUGGUUUUUCCAUCAGUUCCUGCCAGUAAGUGUCUCUUUACAUACAAGCUGACACAGAAGUUAUCACCUCAUUUCCUAAUUGCUAAAAGGAAAUAAUGUAAAAUGUCUGUUUAGGUCCUCAGGCACCAAGGUCAUAGUAGUCUUGAAAAAGGAGAUAACUGGACUCCAUUAGGUUUGUGAAGAUGUUUCACCUCUGAGGCUUCUUCAGGUCAUGUGAUGGGGGCAGUAUUUCCAACCUAAAAUGAAGGUGAAAUAAAGGGGUUGUUUAAAAAAGUGGUUAUGCAACACAAUGGGAAACUGUUGCUGCCAUUAAUUAAACAUUUUAAAUGAAUAUUUAUUUUCUUACAAAACUGUUUCAAUAUUUGAAUCGUUGUCUUUCUGCUAUUUAUAGUAACACAAAGGUUUUAAUUGAAUACUGUAUUAUUUAAUUUACAUUUUUAAACUGAAUCACAAUAUUUUUGUAAACAGGGUUAUAUGUUUUAUAGUUAAGUUUGCUAUGGUUUACCUUGUGCUGUGUAGAACAAUACAAUAGCAUGUAUCUCAGUGAUGCACUUUUUCGUUUGUAAACCUUAAUUCUUCACUUUUGAAUAAUAGAUUAAAUCACUCUGUUCCAGUUCAGCUUGUAAGCUGCAUCCUAAACAUUACUUAUAAUGUUUUCAUUUGUUUUCCAAACACAGCCUAACAUGUACUGAAUCAUGACAGACAGUGUAAGCUUUGUCUUUACAAAGUGGAUAUUUACAAAUGGUAUGAAACAUAGUUGUUCUGAAUUGGACGCAGUGAAGCAGACAUCUCUGACUUCUGUUGGAAACAUGUGACCAUCAGUUUUAGGUUUCUUCAUGUUUUUGAUUAAAAUAUGUAUUCAUGAUUUAUUUAAUUCCAUUUCCACUAAAUGAACAUUUAUUUAAAACUUGCCUUCUUGCUGUUUUCUUGUCUGUUAUCUGUAACAUACAUUAAUUACAGUUCAAUUGUGUGUGGAUUACAGUGUGUACAGUGAUUUCUUUUUGCAAAUGAACACAGUGCCAUAAUUCAUUGUCUG